AUGAAAGUUGCAUUUUUAGGUCCAUUAGGUACAUAUACUCAUCAAGCAGUAACUCAACAAUUUGGAGAUAUAGAAUUACUCCCGCAGACUAGUAUAGGUGAUUGCUUUGAGAAAUUAAAUGCUAAAUAUGUAGAUUAUGCCGUGGUCCCUUUUGAAAAUUCAACCAAUGGUCAAGUUGUAUUUACUUAUGAUUUAUUAAGAGAUUGGUUAUUACGAUCAAAUUCAUCAUUUAAAAUCGUAGCUGAACAAUUUGUAAGUAUUCAACAUAAUUUACUUUCAAAUUUGAAGUCAAUAGAUGACAUUAAAACAAUAUAUUCACAUCCACAAGUAUGGACACAAGUUAAAAACUUUCUAAAAGAUUUAUCAGUGGUUAAAAUCGAUGUUGAUUCAACAUCCAAAGCAGCUGAAAUUGUAUCAAAGGAUACAACUCAUACUGCAGCUGCUAUAUCAUCAUAUAUGAGUUCAAAAAUUUACAAUUUACCAAUAUUGAAGAAAAAUAUAGAGGAUAAUUCAAAUAAUACCACUAGAUUUCUAGUAUUAGGUUAUGAUAGUUUAGAGGAGUCUGGAGAAGUAACUUCAUCAAUAAUGUUAACUUUAAAUCAUGAUGAUCCAGGUGCUUUGUGUGAUAUAUUAGUCAAAUUCAAAUCAAAAGGUAUAAAUUUAACAUCUAUAAAUUCAAGACCUUCAAAUAUUAAACAAUGGCAAUAUGUAUUCUUUAUUGAAAUGAUGGGUGAUGUAUCAGUCAUUAAAAAUGAACUAAAAGAAAUUUGUUUAGACUUUAUAAUUUUAGGAACUUUCAAAAGGAAACCAAUUAGUAAUGUAUAA